AUGAAGGUCCCCAGCCCCAGCGUGCGCGAGGCGGCCUCCAUGUACGGCACAGCGGUGGCCAUCUUCCUGGUCAUCCUGGUGGCCGCGCUGCAGGGCUCGGAACCCCCGGAGAGCCCCUUUCCUUACCGCAUCCCCCUGGACCCCGAGGGGACCCUGGAGCUCUCCUGGAAUGUCAGCUACGUGCAGGAGAUCAUCCACUUCCAGCUCCUGGUGCGGGAGCUCAAGGCUGGGGUCCUGUUUGGGAUGUCGGACCGUGGUGAGUUGGAGAACGCUGACCUGGUUGUGCUCUGGACCGAUGGGGACAGUGCCUAUUUUGGGGACGCCUGGAGUGACCAGAAGGGGUGGAUCCACCUGGAUGCCCAGCAGGAUUACCAGCUGCUGCGGGCACAGAGGACCCCAGAAGGCCUGUCCCUCCUCUUCAAGAGGCCCUUUGGCACCUGUGACCCCAAGGAUUACCUCAUCGAGGACGGCACCGUCCACUUGGUGUACGGGGUCCUGGAGGAGCCGUUCUGGUCGCUGGAGGCCAUCAACACCUCAGCCCUGCACACGGGGCUGCAGAGGGUGCAGCUGCUGAAGCCCAACGUCUCCGUCCCCGCCCUGCCCGCGGACAUGCGCACCAUGGAGGUCCGCGCCCCCGACGUCCUGGUCCCUGGCCAGGAGACCACCUAUUGGUGCUACAUUACUGAGCUUCCCGACGGCUUCCCCCGGCACCAUAUCGUCAUGUAUGAGCCCAUCGUCACCGAGGGCAACGAGGCCCUGGUGCACCACAUGGAGGUCUUCCAGUGCGCUGCCGAGUUCGAGAGCUUCCCCCAGUUCAACGGACCCUGCGACUCCAAGAUGAAGCCCAGCCGCCUCAACUACUGCCGCCACGUGCUGGCCGCCUGGGCCCUGGGCGCCAAGGCUUUUUACUACCCAGAGGAAGCUGGGCUUGCUUUCGGGGGUGCCGGGUCCUCCAGAUUCCUCCGCCUGGAAGUUCACUACCACAACCCACUGAAGAUAGAAGGCCGCCGCGACUCCUCGGGCAUCCGCCUGUACUACACAGCCACGCUGCGUCGCUUUGACGCAGGCAUCAUGGAGCUGGGCCUGGUGUACACGCCCGUGAUGGCCAUCCCCCCGCAGGAGACGGCCUUCGUCCUCACAGGCUACUGCACCGACAAGUGCACUCAGCUGGCCCUGCCUCCCUCGGGGAUCCACAUCUUCGCCUCUCAGCUCCACACGCACCUGACGGGGAGGAAGGUGGUCACCGUGCUGGCCCGGGAUGGCCGAGAGAGGGAAGUUGUGAACAGGGACGACCACUACAGCCCUCACUUCCAGGAGAUCCGCAUGUUGAAGAAGGUCGUGUCUGUCCACCCGGGGGAUGUGCUCAUCACUUCCUGCACGUACAACACGGAAAACAGGAAGCUGGCCACCGUGGGCGGCUUCGGCAUCCUGGAGGAGAUGUGCGUCAACUACGUGCACUACUACCCACAGACACAGCUUGAGCUCUGCAAGAGCGCUGUGGACCCUGGCUUCCUGCAGAAGUAUUUCCACUUCGUGAACAGGUUCAAUGGCGAGGAAGUCUGCACCUGCCCUCAGGCCUCCGUCCCCGAGCAGUUUGCCACUGUUCCCUGGAACUCCUUCAACCGGCAGGUGCUCAGCGCCUUGUAUGGCUUCGCCCCUAUCUCCAUGCACUGCAACAAGUCCUCGGCCGUGCGAUUCCAGGGUGAAUGGAAUCUGCAGCCCCUGCCCGAGAUCAUCUCCAAGCUGGAAGAGCCCACCCCUCAGUGCCCAGCCAGCCGGGGUCGGAGCCCCGCCGGCCCCACCGUGGUCGACAUUGGUGGAGGCAAAGGUUGA